GGCAGCCCCGAGUCGGGCCUGGCGAGUGCUCGCUUCCCCGGAGGGCGGCCGCGGCCCUGGCGAGCGGGGCCCGUUUCGGCCCUGCGCUCGAGCUGCUGCCGGGACAGGCCACGCCGGCCCGGUCGCGCCCGAUGCUGUGACGCACACACAGAGUAAUGUACGUAAAGUGCUUGGCACAGUCAGUGGUAGUUGCUCUUGUCAAGGAUUGGUGACCUCUGAGGGAGACACACUGGAGAAAGGAUGGCAGCUAGAGCACAUGUAGGGAUGGACAGGGAAAACUUGCAGAGACUUAUUGAAAAGAUGAGGGGAUGUUUGCUGAAGUAAAAAUGAAGAGACAUGAGAAGAUUGAUGGCUGAUCCCUUAUAUCUUUGAGUCAGUGACCUUCGAGGAUGUGGCCAUCUACUUCUCUGAAAACGAAUGGACCGGCCUGGCCCCUGCUCAGAGGGCCCUGUACAGGGAUGUGAUGCUGGAGAAUUAUGGGGCUCUGGCUUCCUUGGCAGCGUUUCCAUUUCCCAAACCGGCUCUGAUUUUCCAGCUGGAGCAAGGGGAAGCACCCUGGAGCUCGGCUCCGCAGGGAGCUCUGGAUGGAGAGGGCCCGAGGGGCAUCUCCUCAGGAUAUCCGUUUCUAAAGCCUGCUGGGGUCUCCCAUCUUGAGGAGGUGGAAGAGCCAUUGAAACGGAAACUGCAAGGAGAGGGUCCAAGCUUAAUUUGUACUGAGGGUGUGUUGAAGAGUAAGAAAAAAGAUUUUAUUCUGAAGAACAUUUUUGAGGAGGCACAGGACCACAUGGUGCUAUCAAGUGGACCCCAGUGGUAUGACUCCCAGGAAUUCUGGCUUGGAAAAACCUGUGAAGAGGAGAAAAGCAGGUUAGGGAGAUGGCCUGACUACCCCAACAGGGGAAGUGUGGAGAACACUACAAAUGACAUUAUACAAGUGAUUGUGAGAGAUGAGAUGAUCUCAGUAGAGGAGUGUUCAGGGCAUGCUGAUGUUCAUACCCACCUUCUUGUACGUCAGAAGAUUCUUAGUGACCAGGUGUUCUAUAUAUGUGAGGAAUGUGGCAAGUGUUUUGAUCAAAAUGAAGACUUUGAUCAACAUCAGAGAAUUCAUAACGGGGAGAAAGUCUAUGGGUGUAAGGAAUGCGGGAAGACUUUCAGUUUUAGAUCACAUUGCAUUGCACAUCAGAGGGUUCAUACUGGGGUGAAACCCUAUGUGUGUCAAGAAUGUGCUAAAGCCUUUGUUUGGAAGUCAAACCUGAUUCGGCACCAGAGAAUCCACACUGGAGAGAAACCCUUUGAAUGUAAGGAAUGCGGGAAGGGCUUUAGUCAGAACACAAGCCUUACACAACAUCAGCGAAUCCACACGGGGGAGAAACCAUACAUGUGUAAGGAAUGUGGGAAAAGUUUUACUCGGAACCCAGCCCUUCUUCGACAUCAGAGAAUCCACACUGGGGAGAAACCUUAUGAAUGUAAAGACUGUGGGAAGGGCUUCAUGUGGAACUCGGAUCUUGCUCAGCACCAAAGGGUCCACACUGGGGAGAAGCCUCAUGAAUGUAUGGACUGUGGGAAAAGCUUCAUUUGCAAGGCACACCUUAUUCGUCAUCAGAGAAUCCAUACCGGAGAAAGACCCUAUAAAUGUAAUGACUGUGAGAAAGCCUUCAGUCAGAAUUCUGUUUUGAUUAAGCACCAGAGGCGCCAUGCUAGAGAGAAACCCUGUAACUGUCAGACCUCUCACCUUCUUGAACAUUAGAGGAUGCAUGCUGGUGAUACUUAUUUAUAAUCCUUAUGUUGUAGGAACCCCAACAAAAUGAAAUGACUGCCCACAGUUUUGCUAUAACUAUGGCAUCCAGUAUUAUCUUGCCCCUUCUCCUGAACAGAUACCCUGUACUCUCGUAAGACUGGUCCGCCGUCCAACCAUAUUCACGCUAGGCGACAUUUAGUUGAGUACCUACCAUGUGUCACAUAGUGUGGUAACCACUUUCCAUACAUUCUUUAAUUUUUCUUAGUCCUGUAAGGUAGGUGCUCUUAUCCCCAUUUUACAAAUGAGAAAUCUGAGGUUAUAAAACUCAUUGAAGUUUGUUCAGUGGUAAAGUUUAGAACUGAGAUUGGACCCAGGCCUAUGUGACUCCAGAAUCUACUGUUCUUUACCUGUAUUCGUUUCUGUUUCUGCCUAUUUUUAUUUGCUCAAGUUUCCCUGAGCUGAAAGUUUCCCUUCCUUAUUUAAGACCCACUUCUUCAUUGACCAGAACCCUCUGUGUCUUGUACUUGUAGUCAGUACCACCCAAGUUGGUACUUAAUUAUGUGCUAUCUUACAUUUUUUGAAUAGUCUAAUGCUUGCUAGUCCAGCUAAAUGGUGCUUUGAGGACCAACACUGCAUUUUUUAAAAAAUGUUUUUCAAAUUUUGAAACAUUUAUUUUUGACUAGAUGUAACAUGCUCAUGAUAAAAAAAUUUGAAAUAGUUCGAAAAGGUGUUCAGUGAAAAGUAAAUUUCCUUGUCAUUCCUGUCUCCCAGCACUUCUCAGAGAUAAUACAUUGUUGUUGUGUCUUUCUGGAUAUAUUCUUUAUCUAUAUCUAUAUCUAUAUCUAUAUCUAUAUCUAUAUCUAAUCUAUAUCUAUCUAUCUGUAUCUAUCUAUCUAUCUAUCUAUCUAUCUAUCUAUCUAUAUUGCUUUUCAUAAGUCUACCUCAGUGAAAAUCAAAUUUGAUAUAAUGACAUUGCAGUUACAUUGCAACCUCCAGGACCUUCUCUUCCUCAGAAGUUAUGGUCCUCCUUGAGGUCACCAAGAUAACUUAAAGCAGUGGAGGUAGUCUGGGUUCUGUAGUCUUCGGAGACCUGAUUGCCCUUGUGUUAUGAGAGUAUUCUGGGACUGCGAAAAUGUGAAUCAAGUGGGAAAUGUUUUUUCCAUAAAAAUUUGUAUAGCUACAACCCCUCUCAUUGUACCACUAUCCUGAAUUCUCUCCUAUUCUGUCCCCUUCUCAUCACCAUAAUACCCACAUCCUGAAGUAAGUUAGGGGCCCAUCACCACAGGAGGGAGAAUGGUCACUCUCUGAUGAUGGUUAAUGUUCUGCUGGGUGUCCUCAACCAGUUAGCUGUGGAAAUACUGUCCAGUAUCUUGGCCUCAUAGUCACAAAUGCCCUCAUUGGAUCCAGGAUCAAAGAUAAAAUAAAUGCUAGGAACACAUAGAUUCUAUGCAGCAAGCAAAGGGAAAGUGAAGGAUUCCAGAAUUAACUGUACUUGAAAUCAGGAGUCUAUAAAAUAAAACAAUAUUAUAAAAGGGGAAUACAGGCUGUUAAAAUAUUAACUGUGAAGAAAUGCAGGAUAUUAAUGAAUGGUGUGAACCAUCUUAAAGGGUCAGUGAACCAAAGGCCCUACUCAGAGGAGAAGAACACGGGCCCAAACAGAUGAGAUCUCCGUUCCAGACGCCCCAGCUUUAGAGCAGUUGGCCCCAUUGGCUAUUUAGGCAUCCCAUCUACGAGCUCCCAGCCAGUGAAUGUAAUUGUUGACGAAGGAGCAAGGAAGAGAAGCCAGAAGCCUUCUCAGACCAAACUUCUGCUUCCUGAAAAUGACAAACGUACCGAUAACUCUAGAGUCCCUGACUGCUGAAGCCUAAGGCCAGGUAGUGAGGAGAAACUGGCCUAGCAUAGUCCAGCUAGCGGGACCUAAUAAGCAGUAAAAAUUUUGCUUUGUACUGCACAGAUCCAGGAAAUGGAAAUGAGCAACGUGAACAUGUGUCUGGGGAAAGUUGUUCAUUGAGCAAAUAUUACCGGGCACCUGCCAGUAUGAAAAGCACUAUGCCAGGGGCUGCAGAGGAAUGGUGAAUCAGGCCUGCUUCCUGCCUUCCUGGAACAUUAUUCUAGUGAAAGAGACCAGCCAAAAAAAAAAAAAUCGGGAGUAAAAUUAUUAGUUUGCUAAGUGCUAUGGAGGGAAUGAACAAGGUACAGAAAGAGGGGGCCCUUUAUAUAGAUGCUCAGGAAAGACCUAUCCUAGGAGGAAACAUGAGAGCUAAGGAUGAGCAAGAGUCUCUUGUAUCCGAAACAGCAGGCAGAUGAAACAGUUGUGCAGACUCCCUAACGUGUGAAGAGUUUGGUGUGUUCAAGAGACCAGAUGGUUUUAGCGUAAUGAUCAGGGUAGGUGUGGCACCACUGAGAGUUGUAGAGAUAGAUGAGUUAGAUCAUUCAAUUCCAUCCUAAUUGAAAAGAAGUCACUGAAGGGUAUUCAGUGGAGGAAUGACAUGUUUGAUUCAUAUUUUUAGACGAUGAUAAAUUCUCUGGCUGCUGAUAGAAAAUAGAUUGUAAGGGAACAAAAGUGAAUGUAGUUGGAAAGUUGGAGACGAUGGUGGCCUGGAGAGGGAGGUGGUAAUGGAAGUGAAGAGAAGGUGGAUUUAAGAUAUAUUUUGGAAAUAAAAUCAGUGAGCUGCUAAUGGGUUGGACACAAGGAUAGUGGACAGGGAGGAACCAGGGACAGCUUCUGGUUUCUGGCUUGAGCAGCUGGGUUAGACAGUAGUGCCACUUACCGGAACAAAUAAGACUGGGAUGGGAAUAGGUUUGGGGAUGGAAAAAUCUAGAACUCUGUUUUGGAUUAAUAUUUGUGACAUUUGUGAGAUCUGUAAUUAGAAAUUUCAAGUAGGUGGUUUUAUACAUGGGUUGGAGCUCUGGGUUAGUGAUAUCUGGAGCUGUACACGUGGGAGUGAUCAAAUGAGCAGGAGGAGGCAUUUAAAGCCAUGGGAAGAAAUGAAUGAAAUCCCCUAGAGCUGCCCUUUCCAAUAUAGUAGCCGCUAGCCACAUGUGGGUAUUAAAGUUAAAUUAAAAUUUUAGGUCCUUAGCUAGAUUUCAAGCACACAAUAACUCUAUGUGGCAGUUGGCUACCAUAUUCGAUAACACAGGCUUAGAACAUUUUCAUUAUUGCAGAAAAGUCUAUUGGACAGUACUGCCCCCAGAGAGUGCAGCAAAAUAUAAGGACCCAGGAUGGAGUCCUAUGGAAUACCAGCUUAGUAUUUAGGUAACUGGACACACGAAAGUGCCUGUCAGCCUGGGGCCAAUCAGGAGAGAGACACCAACAGUGAUUUGAAAGGGGAAAGUUUAAUAUAAAGUUAUUAAGCUAUGAUGAAAGAGUAGCCUAUAAGAGGUGAGAGAACUCUGUAUGGUACCCUAGUGCUUCUGGAGUGUACCCAUGGAAGGACAAACCUGGAAGGGAGGCCUCGCCCCAAGGCUGGGGUUCAGACCUUGUUGAAGAAGGUGUAGUUGUGGCCCAUUGAUGGCAGAGACACUCACUGGUUUGCUCAGGCCAGAGCUGAUUUAUAGCUUCUGAUCAAGUAGGAAACAACCUUCCAGGACACAGGCAAUCCAUAGCCAGUGAACAGAUACACCAAUGGUACCACUGUGGGCGAGGGCACCCUGUGUUUACAUUGGGAGAAUCACCAGAGACCAGCCCGGGGUGGAGGUGUUUAUUGGAGAUUGCCAUGCAUACUAAUAAGUAUAAGAUUAGGAUCUAAUGCAAAUAGAAGCAGUCACGACCACCAGGCAAAUACGCAAAGAAGAAAAUGGCCAUCUGGACUCCCUAAAGUUUACGUUAAUAAGUUUUUUUUAAAGGAAAAUAUUUGCCAUUGAUGUAUGUCAUUAAAUGAGUAUUUUCCUUUUAGGUUUAUUUGUUUAUGACAUGUGGCUUAUCCUUCAGAGAAUGUUCACAUAGUAUGAAUUUUCUCGUAUACCAAUGAGAAAAAUGUUCACAGUAUUGCACAAAUUAUAAAGGCAAAAUGUACCUACAAUUCCACUAUCCCAAGAGAUCAUACUUUCAUUUUUAUAUGUCCACUCUUAGUCCUUGUCCCAUAUGCAUAUAUGAUUUAUAUAAUCUUAAUCAUAACAAAUAUUUUUUAACUUUUUUAUUGAGUUAUAGUUGUUUUACAAUGUUGUGUCCAAUACCAGUGUAGAGCACAAUUUUUC